AUGCAGAGGCGAAUCGCCCCGGUUGUCGACGAUCGAUGCGGCGAGGUGGAGGCAGGUUUGCCCAUCGUUGUUCGUGGCCGUGGCAUCUGCUCCUGGUCGUCCAAGCAACUCUCGCACCAGACCCAGGUCCUUUUUCUCGAUGGCAUAGUGAAGGGCUCCGGCAAUAGCCAGGGGCUCCGGCCGCUGAAGCAACUUCUCGACGAUUUUCGCAUGUCCCAGGGAAUUGGCGUGGCAGAUGGCCGGCGAGCCCUUGCUCAGAAGAUAUGCGCCUCUAUCAACGAGCAGGGCCGCAGCAUCAUCAAUACGACUGUGAUCGAGAGCAGUAUGAAGCGGAUACAUACGCGGGCCAUCAUAAUAGCCGUCGCAAGAACAAAAGCUCCUGGAGGGCACGUUGAGAUCGACAUUAUGCUCCAUCAAGUAGUCGAACAUGGCCAUGUCCCCGUUCUGAAUGGCAAAAUGGAGCGGCGAGGCGAGGAAUCUCAGAUGGCCAGGGAUACUGUCGAAACCCACGACCAGAUCGUUGUUGUCUCUCGCUCCAUUCAUGCUAAGAUCCGCGCCAUAUGA